AUGGCUGGCGGAGACUCCCAAAAGCCGCCCCUCGACAGCAAUGUCUGUGCAGUCGAGAUCAACCCGGCUGAGGAUCUACCUCCUCGAAAGAGCCGUGGUUCUGGUUCGUCGGUAUUGCGAUCCAUCCGCAAGUACAUCUGGGCUGUCAUCUGGUGUCUUUACAUGCUUUGGUGCAUCCUGGCCAACAACUACGCAAAGACGGCCGGGCAGUCAGUCCUGGGGAUUCCUCAGUUUCGCAAGGAUUUUGGCAGUGCCUACGAUGGUAACUAUGUGCUGUCGGCCAAGUGGCAGUCGGCAUACUAUGGCGCUCCUCAGGCAGCCGCUGUGAUGGGCGCACUGAGUGCCGCAUGGAUUGCCGACAAGGUCGGUCGCAGAUUUGCCCUCGGCUUCAUCUUCGCCGUCAGACUCACAUCCGUCACGUUGGAAUUCCUCGCUACCACGAACUAUACCUUCUUCGGGGGACGUUUCUUGGGCGGCUUCUCCACGGGCGGCACCAACUCUCUAUGCAUGGCCUACAUCGGAGAGAUCACGCCGUUGCCGUUGCGCGGAGUGCUCACCGCUGCCGUGCCCAUCUCUCUGAUCACCGGUGCCCUGUCGUCUGCCUUGGUGGUCAACUUCACGGGCAAUCAAGCCACCCGGUGGGCUUACCGCAUCGCCUUUGUGUCCGGCUACGGCUUCAUGGGCCUCGCGACGGUGGUGCUCCCGUUCAUGCCGGAGUCGCCCUGGUGGCUGGUCAGCCACGGCAAGGACGAGAAAGCGCUCAAAGCGCUCAAGAAGAUCGGCUACUCUUCCGACGCCGACGCCGAGCUCAAAAUGCGCGAGAUCAAGCGCGUGCUGGCCAAGACGGUCGAGGAGACCUCGGGCGCCACGUACGUCGAAUGUUUCCGCAGGUCCAACCUGCGCCGCACUAUCAUCGCCGCCAUGCCCUUAACCAUCCAGACCUUCUCGGGCGUGGCCUUUGUGGGUUCUUACACGACGUACUACCAACAGCUCGCGGGUUACAGCACCGCCGCCAGUUUCCAUCUGUUUAUCCUCCAGCAGGUUCUGUCGGGCGCGGGCAACAUUUGCUCGUGGUUCUUGGUGGAUAGAGUGGGCCGGCGACCUUUGACAUUAUGGGGAAUGGUCAUGCUGACGCUGAUUCUCUUGAUCACUGGAGGCCUCGCAGUCUCAGGCACGCCGCCCGCCAUUAAGGGGACGAUCGCCCUCCUCCAGCUCUUCUCCUUCGUCUACAACGCCACCAUCGGCGCCACGGCCUUCACCAUCCUGACCGAGAUCCCCACCGCGCGGCUACGGGCCAAGACAGCGUCGAUAUCGGUGGGACUGCAAAGCGCUCUCUUUACCAUGUGGGGCUUCGUCCUACCCUACCUCUUCAAUCCGGACAAGGCCAACCUGGGCGCCAAAGUGACCUUCAUCUUCGGCGCGCUGUCCGUGCUCUCCAUCGUCUACCUGUGGCUGUGCCAGCCCGAGUCCGCGGGUUUGAGCUACGAGCGCCUGGACGAGCUGUUCAUUGCGCGGGUCAAGACGAAAGGGUUCAAGGAAUUGGGGGCCGGGGAUUCUACGCACAGCGGCGACAGAGAGGGUUUCGGCGAGGACGGUAUACGGGCGGGAACGGGGACGGGAAGGGUGGGUGACAAGGAGAGCGGGGAUGUGACGAUGGCUGUUUAA